AUGUCUCUUAUAUUCCUCUCUUUCUUAUACGCUCUAAGCCUGUCUACGACGGCCGCCAUGCCCACCGAUUUCAUAAAUGCCUCGUGCCAUGCCACUCUAUACUCCACUUUGUGUUAUAAAUCGCUAAAACCCUAUGCUUGGAAAAUUCAGAAAAGCCCGAGGCUAAUAGCCAUGAUGGCCCUAUCCAUCAGUGUCAAAACGGCCCGGGAAACCGAAUCGUAUUUGGCCAAACUCGCGAAGUCAGAUAGGCUUAGUUCAAGAGAGAGUGGUGCCGUAAAGGACUGCUUGAAGGAGAUGGGGAAUACAGUAUCACAGUUGAAUGACUCGGUGACGGAGCUGAAGAAGUUGGACAAGGGAGACUUCUCGUGGCACAUGAGUAAUUUGAAGACAUGGGUUAGUGCUGCGCUCACCGAUGAGAGCACAUGCACCGACGGGUUCUCGGACGGGGCCCAAAACGGUGAAAUCAAGUCCAAGAUUCAGGCCAAGAUGGGUAUUGUGGUCCAGUUGACUAGCAAUGCAUUGGCGCUUUGCAACAAGCUGGGUUAA